AUGUCCGCCUUGGAUCUCCUGAUUUGCUCCACGUGCGGCGUGCAGUAUUCUGAAACCGAUCGGGCCCUGCGAACCUCGUGUCCGGUCUGCGAUGACCCCAGACAAUACGUUGCUCCGACUGGCCAAUCAUGGACAACCCUCCGAAUGAUGCAAGAAUCGAAAAAGUACCGCAACGAAUUCGUCGUCAUGGAGAACGACAAGAACCUGUCCCCUGACCGGACUCUCAUCAGCAUCUACACCGUCCCCCAGGUCGCCAUCGGUCAGCGGGCCAUCCUGUGCAUCUCCCCCCGGGGCAACAUCCUCUGGGACUGCAUCACGUAUCUGGACGACGACACGGUGCAGCGCAUCCGGCAGCUGGGCGGCCUCAAGGCCAUCGUCAUCUCGCACCCGCACUACUACUCGACCUGUCUGCACUGGGCCGAGGCGUUUGACUGCAAGGUCUAUCUCUCGGUCGAAGACAAGGAAUGGGUCAUGCGUCGCGGUCCGCGGCAAGUGUUGUGGGAGGGGUCUCGAUUGGGGUUUCUUCCUAGCAGCAGCAGCGGCGACAGCAGUCCUGUAGUAGUAGUAGCAGACGAUGCCAAGGGACAGGAAGAUUGCGAGUUCCUAGCCGUCAAGGCCGGGGGCCAUUUCCCGGGGAGUUCGGUGCUGUGGUGGAAACCGACGCGCAAGCUGCUGGUAGCAGAUACCAUCACCGUCGUGCCCAGUGGAGUGUAUCACGUCAAUCGACCGCCCAACACGGUGUCUUUUACGUUUAUGUGGUCGUAUCCGAAUUUUAUAUGGAAAGCCCUCAAGGAUCUCGAUUUCGACGACACGCACGCCGCCUUCCUCGGCAGAGAUACCCGCGGCGACAGCAGGAAGCGGGUGCUCGACAGCGCCAAGAUCAUCGUCCGGGCGAUGGGGUACGGCGAUCAUGCGAUUCAUCAGGAGGGGUUGUAA